ACACAUAUAUAUAUACGACGCACUGACAUAGAAGAGGUGAGAUCGUCGACGACUCGCUCAGUUCACCGAGAAGAACGCAAGAGGUUCUUGCCACUUCUGCUUGUAGGGGACUGAGGAUGUCGACUCCCGCGAAGAAAAGAUUGAUGAGGGAUUUCAAGAGGUUACAGCAGGACCCUCCAGCGGGCAUUAGCGGCGCCCCCUAUGACAACAAUAUAAUGCUCUGGAAUGCUGUUAUAUUUGGUCCUGACGAUUCUCCUUGGGAUGGAGGUACGUUUAAGCUGACACUUCAAUUUACAGAGGAUUAUCCAAAUAAGCCACCAACCGUAAGAUUUGUUUCGCGAAUGUUCCACCCAAACAUUUAUGCAGAUGGAAGUAUUUGUUUGGAUAUUCUUCAAAAUCAGUGGAGUCCAAUAUAUGAUGUAGCUGCUAUACUUACAUCUAUCCAGUCAUUGCUCUGUGAUCCAAAUCCAAACUCUCCAGCAAAUUCUGAAGCAGCUCGGUUGUUUAGUGUUAAUAAGCGUGAAUACAAUCGGAAAGUACACCAGAUUGUUGAGCAGAGCUGGACUGCGGAUUAGAUUUCUCAGUAUUUAUGUGACACGGGAGACCAUGAACUGGUGAACUAAGCUGGUUCAUCGCCCAACUCAUAAGGUGGUCUGAUUUGCCUGUAAUGUGUCAUUUGUUUGUUGUUGAUUCAUUAAUGACAAGUGGAACCGAAAAGAUUAUGUUGGCUGUUGGUCUGUAGGGAUGUCAAGCUUAUUUUCCAUGGCAUUUGUUGUUUUGGUUGUAUCUUGGAGUUUGUAUGUAGACUAUAGUGAAUGUUUGAAAGAUCUUAUAUCUUUUUUGUCUUUAUUCAAUUUGCGGUCAAUCCUUUAGCUA